ACAAACGCUGCAGCGGCAAUCGUCUCCCGCCACCGCCGCGCGCGCGGGAACCAGGCAAUGAAACACACGGUGGCUUCGUCGGUCGCGGCGCACACGUUACCGAACCGCGCGACCACUCGAAGCGCAUCACACGCUGCACGCGGCUCCCGUCCGGCAACACGACGCGACUACGUAGUUAUAAAUUAUAUUUUACACGCGACUCCGCGAUACUGAAGACCUAAUUUAGUUUUUAAUUUUCUCAUCGUUUAUUAUUUACGUAGGUACACGAAAAUCGAAUAAUUUUAAUAAGUUUUUUUUUUCUCAAUAUUUUGUUUUUCGUUUUCUACGCGCAUAAAAUAUAACAACAAUAAUACAUCUGCCUACUGCAGUGAUGAUUAAAUCGGAUUGACCGUGGUAGCCACACGUGAAAAUCCAUAAAUAUAAUAUACUAAUAUAUUAUAUUGUAUUCGUUAAUUUGGAUUACAACGUCGUUCAGUGCGUGGAUUUGCUAUUUUAUUCAACUUCAACACAGCUCCUUUAAGUAUGUUACAAGGCAUUACAAGAACGGAACAAGCUGGCUUACUGCCUCAUCAUCAUCACCAUCACCAUCAUCACCAUCACCAAUCGUUGACAUCUCACCAUGGGAUAGGAACGGGAUCAGCGUGGCCGCCAAACCAUCACGAUGAUCUCGCACACAAAGUUGGUAACACUGCUGAUUACGAUGGUAGGAUUAUUGCAACGCGUGAAUUAGACUUGGGACACAGUGGUGUUAAUCAGCUUGGCGGAGUGUUCGUUGGUGGAAGACCGUUACCGGACUCAACUCGGCAGAAGAUAGUUGAAUUAGCUCAUUCCGGAGCCAGGCCCUGUGACAUAUCAAGGAUCCUACAGGUAUCCAAUGGAUGUGUGUCAAAAAUCUUAGGAAGGUAUUACGAAACCGGUUCUAUCAGGCCUAGAGCGAUUGGCGGCUCAAAGCCCAGGGUAGCAACAGCUGAAGUUGUGUCCAAGAUAUCACAAUACAAACGUGAAUGUCCAUCUAUAUUCGCUUGGGAAAUUCGCGAUAGACUGUUACAAGAAGGCGUAUGUUCCAACGAUAACAUACCAAGCGUGUCUUCGAUCAACCGCGUGUUACGUAAUUUGGCGGCGCAAAAGGACCAGCAAACACCGGCGUCCGUGUCGCCGACAUGUAGCAGCACGGACGCCGUGUACGACAAGCUGAGACUGUUGAACGGUCAAGCGGCGGCGGCCGGCUCAUGGCCCAGACCCAAUCCUUGGUACCCACCAGCAUCUGGAGAUAACCCGUUCGGUCCUCUACAACCAACCGGUCGGCUGAGUCCUAACGCCGCCAAUUGUACCGUCUUGCCCGACAUACUCGACAAAAAAGUUUUAGACUUGGACGGAGGAAUGGGAUCUGACGAAACUUGCACGUCCAUCGGGGAUAAUUCCAAUCACGACGGUUCUUUGAUCGGCGGAGCCACCGGAUCGGCCAACGAUGACGAUCAAGCACGACUCAGGUUGAAGAGAAAACUGCAAAGAAACCGCACGUCGUUCACCAACGACCAGAUAGAUAGUUUGGAAAAAGAAUUCGAACGGACACAUUAUCCAGAUGUAUUCGCUAGAGAAAGACUCGCUGGGAAAAUCGGAUUGCCAGAAGCAAGAAUACAGGUAUGGUUUUCGAACCGCCGGGCUAAAUGGCGACGUGAAGAGAAACUACGUACCCAACGACGUCCAAAUUCCAACCAAAACCAAUCGAUGGACCCGCAAAAUCAACAACAGCAGCAGCAACAACAACAACAGCAACAGCAACAACAAUCUUCUCCGAAUAGGAUGAAUGGUUUUGCAAACAAUCCAGAUACCAAUCCAAAUAUGUACACAACUAUCGGAAACCACGACACGUUCAGUCCGAUGUCGAUGAAUUUUGGUAUGCCCGGCGGCAACAACGAUAACGGUCUGUCGCUGCCAAUCAUGGGUGGCCAUCACGCCAUGUCCGGCGGCGGCGGCACCGACCAGCGGGACGCGUACGGCUGCAUGUCCAGGCCGACGUACGACACAUCGCCACCGCUGGCCAUCGGCGCGCCCGGCUACCUAAGGCCGCCUGUGUCGCCGACGUCCAACAACAGCAGUCCACCAACUCACCACGCGGCCGCCGCCGCAGCAGCCGCCGCCGCUGCCUACCAUCACCAUCCGCCUCCCAUAAACGGUCACCAUUCGCACCACCACGCGCACCACCAAUACAACAUGAAUGGCUCAAAUUCGACAGGUCUCAUAUCACCUGGAGUUUCGGUACCGAUCGCCGUACCGGGACACACGACCGACUUGUCUUCGCAAUACUGGCCGCGCUUGCAGUGACAUCAGCUUGUCAAAUAAUGUAUUAUUCUGAGCUGAUUUCGGGCGUGUGUGUACAGUCAAUGACGCCGUGCAAUUUUCCGCGAACCGAUAAAUUAUUGUAAAAGUUAUGUAUUUGUAAUAUUAUUAUAAUUUAUAACACAUUAGACGUAUCUGCUGACGAACACGACGUGUUAGACGAAUACCAGCGAUACCCUUGAAUAUUUAUAACAUGUAAUUGUAAUUAUUAACACUUAAUAACAUAAUAUUAUUAUCAUUAUUUAUUAUUAUUAU